AUGGCUUCCCCAAGCCACCCCAGCAGGGACUGCUCCCAGGUCAUUGAUCACAGCCACGUUCCCGAAUUCGAGGUGGCCCCCUGGAUCAAAAUCACCCUCAUCCUGGUGUACCUGGUUAUCUUCGCGGUGGGCAUCCUGGGGAACAGUGUCACCAUUCGGGUCACCCAGGUGCUCCAGAAGAAAGGCUACCUGCAGAAGGAGGUGACAGAUCACAUGGUCAGCCUGGCUUGCUCUGACAUCCUGGUCUUCCUCAUCGGCAUGCCCAUGGAGUUCUACAGCAUCAUCUGGAACCCGCUGACCACACCCAGCUACACCGUGUCCUGCAAGGUGCACACGUUCCUCUUUGAGGCUUGCAGCUAUGCCACGCUGCUGCACGUGCUGACCCUCAGCUUCGAGCGCUACAUCGCCAUCUGCCACCCCUUCAGGUAUAAGGCCAUGUCGGGGCCCUGCCAGGUGAGACUGCUGAUUGGCUUUGUCUGGGUCACCUCCGCCCUAGUGGCGCUGCCUUUGCUUUUUGCCAUGGGAGUUGAGUACCCCUUGGUGAACGUGCCCAGUCACUGGGGACUCACUUGCAACCGCUCCCGCACACGCCACCAGGAGCAACCAGAGAGCUCCAACAUGUCUAUCUGUACCAACCUGUCCAGCCACUGGACCGUGUUCCAGUCCAGCAUCUUCGGUGCCUUUGUGGUCUACCUUGUGGUCCUGGUCUCCGUGGCCUUCAUGUGUUGGAGCAUGAUGCAGGUGCUUAGGAGGAGUAAGCAGGGCACCCUGGCUGUCCGGGGGCAGCAGCUGCAGCUGAGGAAGUUGGAGAGCCAGGACAGCAGGAGCGCCCGGAGGCAGACCAUCAUCUUCCUGAGGCUGAUUGUUGUGACCUUGGCCGUCUGCUGGAUGCCCAACCAGAUUCGGAGGAUCAUGGCCGCGGCUAAACCCAAGCACGACUGGACCAAGUCCUACUUCCGGGCAUACAUGAUCCUCCUCCCCUUCUCAGACACCUUCUUCUACCUGAGCUCCGUCGUCAACCCGCUUCUGUACAACGUGUCCUCGCAGCAGUUUCGAAGCGUGUUCGGGCAGGUGCUGCGCUGCCACCUGACGCUGCCGCAUGCCAACCAGAAACACCUGCGUGCCCACAUGGCCUCCACCAUGGACAGCGCCCGCUCUGCGCGCCACCCGCUCAUCUUCCCGGCUUCCCGGCACAGCAGUUCCUCUGCAAGAGCUAACAUGGUUUUCUUAAGCACUUUUCACAGCGAGGCCGAGCCCGAGUCUAAACCUCAGGAGCUGAGUUGUGAGUCACCAGAACCCAACUUGGAGAGGAAACCAGCCAACCCUGCCACCAGGAAUGGUUUUCAGGAGCACGAAGUGUGA